UCCCUUCUUAAUUAAAAAAUUCUUUUAUCAGGUGGACUUUCAUCAUUGAUUCAUCUCAAAUUUAUUUGGUUUGAAUAUAAACAUAGAAUGUCAGGAGGAAAUUGAGAUUUUUUUUAUUACGUUGAUGAGAAAACCAAGGCUCAGAGAGAUUAGCCAUUUUCCUUUAAGUCAAGGCUAAAAUUCAUUUCUCCCAGUUUUUCCAUCUGGCUUACAGUAUAGGCAGAUGUAUAUAUUUAUGGACUAAUUUAAAUAACAAACCUUUAAACUGUCUUCUUUCUCAAUUCAUUUCUAUCAUUACACUUACCAGUCUAAGAGAGUGCCAUGUAACACACAUAACUAGACAAGGAAUGUCAGAGAAAUGGGAUCAUGGCUAAAAGAUCUUUAAGAUAUUAUUAAAUUUAUAUAGGAAACAUACUGAUCUUUGAAGACAACGCUGAGUGAACUCCAGUACUCUCCCACAAAAUGUUCUUCAGGCAGCCUCUCUAACAUUCCAUUUAAACUGAAAAUCUGAGACCAAAAAGGAUGAAGAAGAGUCAGCCUGGGGAGGAGGAAGGAAUGGCAUAUGCCUAGGCCACAGAGAGCAACGAGUUUGUCAUAUUUGAGGAACCAGUGUUACUAAAGUACAAGGGAAGUGGGCAUAAGGUUGAAGGAACAGGAGGAGUUUUAAGCAGGGAAUGAUCCAGCUAACAUUUCCAAAGAACAUUACAGUUGCUUUUUGGAAAGUAGAUUUAAGGUAGGCGAGAAAAGGAAGAAGACCAGUAGGAAAACUGGCAUAGUAAUCCUGGUGAGUGGUGGUGGCAGCUGAAGUGAAAAAAGGAUGGAUUUGAAAUACAUUUUGGAAGUAUAAUCUUACUAUCUUGCACAAAUUCCAAUCUUGCUGACACCAGCUCAACAAGGAAGAACCCAUAAACCAAGGGCAGUAAUAAGAUGUAUAUCCAACCUCCCUUUCCCCCCACCACAAACACACAGUGUACAUCGUUUUUGUUAUUGUUUUCCAGAGGUAAACAGAAACUUUUUAAGCAAAUAAAAGACAUGUGCCCAUGUUUCCAGGCCAGUAAGGUAGGGAAAGCCAGGAAGAAUAGAGAUGUGACAGCCUUGAAGAGAAGCAAGCAGGCUGUGUUACUGGGACUUUCACCAAAUUAGAAAUAGUAAUCAAUGGGGAAGUAAUCUGGAACUGCAAAGUAAGCUUUAAUUUGGAAUAAACUGCUUUUGAACAGUGGCACCUAAACAGGGCAGAUGACAGCAUCUCAUCUUUGUUCGCUAUUUUUCCUCUGCUUCUAUUUUAUCCAUCCUAGUUCUCCUAAGUUUGAAUCCUCAUUUCUUGCAUUACCAAUUUAGAUAUGUUUAAUAGUUAUUUGAAAAGUUCUUAAAUGUAUGAAACUUUAGUAUCAAACACUUCGCUUUUUAAUCUACAAAAUAAUUUCAUGUGCCAUCUAUUUCAUUGCCACUUGUUAUUUCUGGUCUUAUAUUUCAUGUGUUAGUUCAUGUAUCUAGUUACUUUAUGGGUAUUAUCUUGCCAAAAAAUCUUGAGUUCACGUUUCUAAUUGUAUAGGCACUUUUUGGGAACACUGACUGGCAAUGGGGCUGCUAGAUAAUAACAAUUUUGUACUGAAUUAUUAACUGAACAAUGUGACUUUAAGCCACAGGAAAUUAAAAUCCAGUUGGGAGACAGCAAACGUUGCUAUUCAGAUUCCAGUUAUACUCCUUGUUAUAUUUAGGUACUUAUUUAUGUAAUUUUUAAUAAUAUUUAACAUUAAUAUAUCAACAUAUUACAAUGUAUAUAAUUAUAUAUAUAAUAUUACAAUGUAUAUAAUAUGUAAUAUAUAUGGGCAUUUGUUCCUAUGACUAAAAAUGAAGAUAAUACAUAUUUCACAGUAUUGUUAUGAAGAUAAAAUAAAAAUAUUUUAGAGGAAGUGCUCGAGUUUCCCAUUCCCUCAGCUCCCACAAGAAUACACAGGUCUUUUCACAUUCAUGUGUUUUGUUGUUUGGUAGCUCUCUAGGCCCUCAUCACAAUUUAAAUAUUGUCUUAUGUACCCUAAGUUUCUAAACUGCCUCCCUUGUACUAACAUUACCAUUUUAAUACUUUUGUUAUACUGGGUUGAUCAAAAUGUUUGUUCCCAUUUUUCAUGGAAAAAUCCGAACGAACUUUUUGGCCAAUCCAAUAUAUCAAGUUUACGUAUCUUUCAUUCUCCAAUAAUAAACUAUGAAAACACCGAAGAUAAUUUUUUGUGCCUUCAUCACCAAGUCUGCGGCAUGCAAUAAGUGCUCAAUGAUUGAAUGACAAGUACCAUUGUGAUUGCAAAGUGACAGGUAAGAAAAGUAGUACCUUACACAAUGUAGAAAGCUCAAUUAGGAAUUCCUAGAAAACCUGUCUUGAGUGUUAACCAUAGAAGUUAGAGGGGAUAUUGUGUGUGGCUAGUUUGGCUAAUUAAGAGUAAUGAGAAAAUUAAGAGGUUGACGCCUGUGUUAUAGGAAGCAAAGCAGAUGGUAAAGAAGUUAAGUGAUAGGCUGAAGGCUUUGAAUUGGAUACUUUCAAUAUUCAGCAGUUUUAGUUUUUUUCCCCAAAACUAAAGAAUGCAUAGAACAUGCAUUUUAAAUCUCAUACAUGCCUUCCUUAAAAACCAGUUCUACCACUUACUAUCCCAAAACAUCAAUUUAUUCUUAUUUCAAUGAGCUCUUAUAAAGAGUACCUAGCAUAGAGGAUCCCUUAAAUGUUAGUACGCAUGCUCCACCCUCUAAUCCUGACUCUAAUGCUUCAAGGAAGAGUAAAAGGAAACAUCAAUUUCACCUUAUUGAAUGCCUUCUGUGUGCCAGGUGCUGUUGAAACCAAGAUAUUUAUAUCUUUGUAUCCACUGUCUUCAAGUUGUUUACAGGCUAGUUGGGAAGCCUGACAGGUAAAUCUGUGAUAAGCUAAUACCACCUUAUAAUGUGUUCUGCUACAGAAGUAAGUAUUGGGUAUUGUGGGAGCCUAGAGAGGCAUCCAAGUCACUCUUCAGAAGCUCUUCCCUGCUAUAUACUUGGUGGGGGGAUGGUGGAAUUUCCAUACCAAUAUUCUUUGCAAAUUCCCACAAUACAUUUAGCAAAACUAAAUGUAUCACUGUAUCCUUAAAGUGUUGACCAGAUUCAAAGCCUUUUAGAAUAAAAAUCUACAUGUAAAACAAUGAUUUUAAAAGGUUUUUGUUUUAUGGAGCUAUAAGAUAUAAAUGUUGGAUCCUGUUAAUCCUAAAGUCCUGAUAAGUUCUGUAACAUAUGCCAGAAUUGUUGGAGAGCUAACACAUGCAAUACAGCCAAAAACAGUUACUGUUUUUUCUCACCGACUCAGGAAUCUGCUUGAAAAUGGAUCAACAUAUAUUGGACUUAAUGCUGCCCUCUGUGGCCUAAUAGCAAAUAGUCUCUUUCGACGCAUCCUACAUGUGACACAGGCUCCUGUAGCUGCUGGCUUACCAAUGGCAGUGAUCCCAUUUUUGAUGGCACACGUAUCUUACAAAGGUUUUGUAAGUUUACCUUUGUAUACAGGUGAUUUACAUUGUGAAACCUGUACCAUAACACGAGGUGGACUGGUUGGUCUUGUUUUUGGUGGCCUGUACCCUGUUUUCUUGGCUAUCCCUGUGAAUGGUGGCCUAGCAGCCAGGUAUAACUCAGCCCUGCUACCCGAGAAAGGAAACAUCUUAAAUUACUGGAUUAGGAUUUCUAAGCCUGUCUUUAGAAAGAUGUUAUUUCCCAUUUUGCUCCAGACUGGGUUUGCAGCAUACCUUGGGUCUAGACAAUAUAAACUACUUAUAAAGGCUCUUCAGUUACCUGAACCUGACCUAGAAAUUCAGUGAUGGUUAAGCAAAUCUGUACACAAAAAUAAAACUGUAAAAAUAACCUACA